UCUAAAAAUAUGUCAACAAAAACUUCGCAAGCAAAGACUUCACAAGAAACAAAAACUUCAAAAGCCCCGCAAGUCGAAGCUGAAGUAAAUGCAGUUUGGGUCUUGACUUCAUUUUUUUCUAGAUACAAAUAUGAUUUUGAAAUGGAUGAAAUUGGCCAACGUUGCUUCGUUUCUGAAGAACUUGCACGAACAGCUAUGAAAAGAACAGCAAUGCGAUUAUACCAAUCACCAAUCAUCCAAGAGGCUGAUGACAAAUAUUUUGAAGAGUAUGAGUCGGAGAUACACUUUGGAGAAAGUCCUGAAACAAGCGAUUAUAGAAGAGAAUUUGGUUGUUGCAGAGUCGAACUCGUUGAAAUUGAAGGCAAAAAAAAGAAAUAA